CUGAUUACAAUUCUACACCCAUGGCCACCGUCCUCCUCCGCCUCUCGACAAAACCGUCGCCGUCACCUGCCGCUGCCACCGCCGCAGCCGCCGCACCUAGCUUCCUUUCACCGGCCAUUCAUUUCACUAAACCCAGAUUUCUUCCUUGCGAGCGUUACCGGCCUAAUAAUCGAACUCCCAGAAUACCCUCAUCGUAUCGAAAUGGGAACGGGAGCAACACCCCGCAACUGCCAGAGACAGAGUGCCCUGUUCCGUGGGAGCAGCAGCCCAUUAACGAGUACCAAUCUCUCUCCACCUCCUUCCCCUUCUCUUGGGCCUCUGGUGAUCUUGUCGAGUACUGCUCUCGCUUGUUCGUUACCGGCGCUUCCUUCGCUCUUUUCAUCGGUCUCCCCGUAUCCUGGUUCGGGGCGGUGGGAGCGGACAACGAGCCGCUGAAGCGGAUUCUCGCGGCCGUAUCCAGUGGGAUAAUUUUCGUCACUAUUGCCGUUCUGAGGAUGUAUCUGGGUUGGGCUUAUGUUGGGAACCGCUUGCUCAGUGCCACCGUUGAAUAUGAAGAGACUGGAUGGUACGAUGGACAGAUAUGGGUGAAGACUGCUGAAGUUUUGGCACGUGACAGACUUCUUGGUUCAUUUUCAGUUAAGCCUGUGCUGAGCAGAUUAAAAUACUCCCUGGUUACUCUUGCAGCAUCCUUGUUUAUAUCCAUUCUUCUCCUUGUAAACAUUGAGGGAGACCAGAAACUCUCAUCCAUAUUUUCCGAAGAAGCCUGGGGUAGAGCUAUUCCUGGAGUUUACAACGAAGAUUCUGCAAGAACAUUCAGGCCAGAUGCAUUCCAUGGCGAACCCAUUAUUCCCAUAAGUCUUUAAACAGCUCUUGACACAUUCAUGUUUUUAUGUAAAGUCCACUAAAUAUUUCAUGAAAGAUCCUUUGUCUCUUUGAUGUAUAGUUACUUGGUUAAAUCUGCCUGUUCUCCGUAAGUACUCAGUAGAUAUUGUAUAUCAUCAUUUCCUAUGUUCUACCCAAUAGAUACACAGAUAAAAGCAUGAGGGAAUG